GCAUACCUGGAGGAUACAGGAAUAGCGUCCCUUGAUUCCUCAUCCGGGUUCUUUUCUACCGCAAGGGACUAGCCGACAUCAUGGGUCGUAUGCACAAUCCUGGAAAGGGUAUCUCCCAGUCUGCAUUGCCAUAUAGGCGUUCAGUGCCAACGUGGCUUAAAUUGUCAUCUGAGGAUGUCCAAGACCAAAUAUUCAAAUUUGCCAAGAAAGGCCUCACUCCUUCUCAAAUAGGUGUAUUGCUUCGUGAUUCACAUGGAGUUGCACAAGUUCGCCAUGUAACUGGCAACAAAAUUUUGAGAAUCCUCAAGGCUAAGGGUUUGGCCCCUGACCUCCCAGAGGAUUUGUACUCCCUCAUCAAGAAGGCAGUUAACAUUCGCAAGCAUCUGGAGCGCAACAGAAAGGACAAAGACGCCAAGUUCAGGCUCAUUCUUGUGGAGAGCCGCAUCCACCGCCUGGCACGUUAUUACAAAACGAGGAAAGUUCUUCCUCCUAACUGGAAGUACGAGUCUGCCACCGCUUCUGCUCUUGUUGCUUAAAUUCGUGGACAUCAGUUAUUAAUAAAUCUUGACUGAGGGAACAAUUCUUUAUCUGUGUGGUGUGUUUGACGUCAAAAUGAAAGAGAAGACCGCGUUGACUCUGGUGCAAAUUUAAAAGUUUUCAGAAAUAAAGCAUGGUGGGAAAAAAAUGUUAAAAAGAUACACUGCCCUCUGUCAUGAAACAACACUGUUAAAAAUCCAAAUACCAUUAAGUAUAUUUCUAGAGAAAAAAAUUAAAACACUUCUGCGUGUCUAA